AAAAAUCAUGGAUGCCACAACGAGAAUUGGUCAGAUAUUCGAUGCUUGCGAUUUGGAUGGUUCUGGCUAUAUUGACGAAAAGGAAUUAAGUAGUAUUUGUCAGAACCUAACAAGAGAUGAAGUAAGCGAUGUUUUCAAAGAAUUGGAUAAGGAUGGAGAUGGGAAAAUAUCCAUAUCCGAGUUUCAGCAGAGCUUUUUCGACUUGAAUGAAGCCCUUGAAAAAAGAAAGGGAUUAAAUACAGCAGCACAGUGUUCAAAAAAUGAUCUGGAUACUGACGAUUUCAUGGAGAACUUGGAUGAAAGUUUUUCCACGCUAACAUGUCAAGAUCAAGUUUGCGAUAUGUAUCAAAAGUUGCAUGAAGCGCAACUUCCAGAACUUUUGAGAGAGUUUGAGGAAAUUGUUCUUUCUUUUAUAAAAGAUAUCAGUCAGAGUCGUGGCGAAAAUGAGAGGUUGGAAAGAUCUUUUAAGCAGGAGAAAGAUGCCCAUUCACAACAUCUGCGGCAAUUAGAGGAUGAUAUUGAAAAUCAAGUUUCUAAGGCAGAGAGUAGGAUAAUUUCGAAUGAGCAUUUAAAGCAUGAACAAGAGAAGGAGUUAUUAAAAACUACACUGGAGAGCGAAAUCACUGAGUUACAAGCAAAUGUCAAACGCUUACAGAGAAUUGAAGAGCAAUGGAAAAAGGAGAAGGAUAAUGGCGAUUUCAAAUCACAAAUGGAAGAUUUAAAAAGUGAAAACAGAUUUUUGAAAAAUAAUCUCACUGAUUGCCAAACAAAAUUGGCUCUAUUGAGGUCAGAAAUGACCCAAAUAAAGCAAAAAUACGAAGAAAAGUGCUAUGAAUUAGAGAGUGAAAGGGACUCAGUAAUGGAGUACAUCAAGGAGCAGGAAAAUCUCACAAGACAAAUUCACCUCCUGCAUGACGCCAAUAAAAAGCUACAUGACGUCAAUGAUGAUUUAAGGAGCACUUUGGAGAGAAAUAGGACACACCGCCCAAGUGCACGCCGCGUAUCGGCCAGAAAAGGUUCCCACGUCAGCGAUUAUUUUCCUCCGCCUCUCAUUCCUUUAGCUGUAACUGACAAAGUAGUUAAACAAAUUGAAAAUAAUGCUGCUAUUCCUCAACAACAAGCACAACUACAACUACAACAGAUGCAACAAAACUGUGGUAAUAGUCCAUGUAAUGAGAGUAUCGAUGCGGAAGGUCCAGAUGAUCUGGAUAGCGGUCAUUCGACUCUCCGAGACGUUGUUGAUAUAGAAUCAGAAAGUGAAGCUGUUAGCAUACAAUCGGAAGUGGCACCAGUUGAAAUGCCUUUAGAAAGGACAGCUGAGGAAGUAGAAGAACUAAAAGAAACAGCAGUAGAAAGUGUUACACCUCCCGCAAAUGUUACUACCUCGUCAAGGGCAGUAAACUCCCUAAAGCGUCUAGUAAAAUCUUCAUCAUCUGCUCAACCGGAAAGAAUGUAUCGAAUAAUCUUAGCCGGUGACGCCGCUGUGGGAAAAAGCAGCUUCAUUAUGAGACUAUGUAAAAAUAAAUUUGUCAACAAUCUUAGUUCGACUUUAGGGGUCGAUUUUCAAACAAAAGUCAUUGAAGUAGAUGAUAAGUUAGUUGUUUUACAACUAUGGGACACAGCGGGUCAGGAAAGAUUCCGAAGUGUAGCAAAAUCAUAUUUCAGAAGAGCAGAUGGCGUUUUACUUCUCUAUGAUUGUACAUUCGAAAACUCUUUCCUAAGCGUAAGAGAAUGGGCAAAUAUAAUUGAAGAAGUUCACAAAAUGCCUACAAUGCUGUGUUCAAACAAAUCUGAUGUCAAACAAAUGAACAAAUUAUCAGUAACUCCGGAAGAUGGUAGGAAAUUAGCAAAGGAGAUAGAAGCAUCAUUUAUGGAAACUAGUGCAAAAACAGGCGCAAAUGUUUUAGAAGCUGUCACUGAAUUAUCAAGGAUAUUAUGUGCAAACGAAGAUUUACAAGUAAAAAAUGCAGGUAUGCAACUUGGUGAAGUUAAAGACCAAAAGAAAAAUUGUUGCUCAUUCUAACAAUAAGAACAACAGUAGAAAAGAAAGAGGCAUUAAAAAAAACUAUUUUUAAAAAUUGAAAACUUGAAUGCGAAGAAGAAGAUAAAGAUAACUUGACAAAAAAUGAUAUCACAAGUCCGUACCGAAAAAAUAUUAUCUUUUGUUUAUUUAUUUUAAAAAUUGAUAACUUUAAUAUUCUCUUUCUAUAUUGUUUUUAUUUGUCUAUAAUUCUCUUAUUUCAUUUUUUGUUAAGAAAAGUAAAGAAAGCAAAAACAACAACAACAACAACAAAACAACAACUUUUUAAAUGUUAUUUACAACAGAAAUAAACUCUUUUUAUUGUUGUCUUCUAAAGUACACGUGUUUUUCCUGUACAUUUUCAUUUUUAGCAUUUUUCUUCUCUUUUUUUAUAUAGACCGUUUAAUCUUAUAUCAACGUUUUUUGUCUGCAAAUAUGUGAGAAAUUAAUAUGUGCCAUUUAUAAAUAUACAUAUAUAUAUAUAUAAUAAACUUUUAAUUUCUAACAGUUUUCCUGUCAUUAAGCUUGUAUUUGGAGAUUAUCUUCUUAAUACUUGAGACUGAUAUGCUUAUAGGCAAUUCAGCAUUUUGUAAAAUUUGUCUAGCAGUCCAAUUUUGAUUUAAUCUAUAUGUUUCAAUAAUCUGUAACUCCAUUUUCCUUGUAAUUUGCUUUGGUCUACCAAUCCUCGGCAAAUCCUUUACUGUUCUAAACUUCGCAAAUUUGUUCUUUAAGUUCUGAACAGUAGCUGGACUACAUUUAAAAAUUUUUGCGACUUUUCUGACACUUGCAUCAGACCUUGAAAAAUGGUUUACUAUUUUUAUCUAACACUUUCCGGUAAACGACCCAUAAUAUCAAAAAAAACAAAAAAAUCUUGAAUUUUCAAAUUCUUCCUCAAAGAUACGAAAACAAAAAGACAAUUUUGGAUAGGCCAAUUAUGUUUAGGUAAUACAAUUUGUUAGGCCACAACAAGGGUGUAACAGUUUAUUUAAAAGCUGACAAAAUUGACAGUUUCGUUAAAAAUAAAAGGGAAAUUAUACUGAGAAUAACAACUUAAAUACUAUGCUAAUUUUUUGUAAGGACUGUAUAACUAUAGAUAAUAGAUUAAAAGACUUAAUAAACAAAUAUUCAAUUAUUAUAUUCUCAUUGCCGCUAGAUGACGCCAUAUAAGCUAAUCUUUCUAGAUGCUCCCUCUUGUUUCAGGAUUACAGUAUAUGAACUUUAUGCCAUUUUACCUUUCGAUAAAUAAUUAGUGUGUUUUUGUUAAAUUUGAAAACUACAAUAACUGGAAGUGAAAUUUCAUGAAAUUAAAAUUACUGCCAAAUUAGACUUUACUAAUUGAAUAUUUAAUAUUCGUACAACGAAUAUACUGUAGGCGUAUAUAGUGUAUAGUUUGUAUUUUCUUAUCACGUCGUACAUAAAGAGAAAAGGAGAUAGAUAAUACUGUUUAAGUAAUUAAUUUUAAUUAAGUUAGGGAAAAUAGAAGAAGAAGGGAAAGUGAAGAUAAUUUUUAUCUUUUUAAAGUAAACUCUUCUAAACUAGUUAAUUAAUUUCAUUCUUUCCUAGAAAACUAGAGGGUAGAGAGUUAUCCGUAAAAUUUGAACGGGAAAUAAUAAAUGGGUCAGUUGAGUUUACGAAAGAAUUUC